AUGGUAGACGCCCUGGCUGACUUAACAAGACUUGAAACCCUACAUAAACAAAAUCCGUCAGACUCGCUCCUGACGCAGCUCAAAACGACACGGGACCUCAUCACACAACUCUCAGCAGCAGACGUGGCGAGGAAUCUCAUGUGGUCCAAGCAACGAUUCUAUGAAAAGGGCAACAAGGCGGAUUCACUAUUGGCACGCUGCCUCAAAAAACGUCAGGAAAAUAAGACAAUAUCGAAAAUCCGAACUAGGUCUGGUGAAACGACGACAAACCCAGAAGCAAUAGCCCAGGAAUUCCUGCAAUACUAUACAGACUUGUACAACCACGCCACUCCAACGCCCACGGGGGAAAUAAACCAGGCGGAAGCCACCUCCUCAUUCUUACGACCCCUCAACCUACCCACCUUAUCCAGCAGAGC